CUUCGAGAUAAGCGCUCGUCUUUCGCGGUUCUUCAAUAUUUUUACUUCUUGCCUCGUUGAUCAAACAGUCGACCCGCUAGACCGUUUAGCAUUUCCAUUUGCUAUUGCGUUCCUUGCCGCGUUGAUGCACCAUGCGCCUGAUCGACGUAAAGGCCUUUCUCGAAUUCCACGCAGGAAAAGCCAGACGAAACGCGCAGCUGCUGGUGGAGUUCAAUGGGCCCGAUCUCGCAAAUGCAGCAUAUGCCAUAUUAUCUCAUUGCUGGGGUCAACCAAAAGACGAGGUACAGUAUACGGAGAUGGAAAGUCUUACGAAGACAGAUGUCGCCGUCAGACGUGAGAUACGAAAGCGCAGUGGAUACCAAAAAAUUCUCAAGAGCUGCCUGCAAGCCCGUGACGACCGGCUAGAUUGGCUUUGGGUGGAUACGUGCUGCAUCGACAAACGGAGCAGUGCCGAACUCUCCGAGGCUAUCAAUUCCAUGUAUGUGUGGUAUGCGAAUUCCGACCGUUGCUAUGCAUACCUCCAUGACAUGGGCGCUAAUACUCUUCCCACUAAACCCGACAACAAUAAAUUUGCCAAGUUCAAUGGGUGGCCCAAGUGGUUCUCGCGUGGAUGGACACUACAGGAACUCAUAGCCCCAGAAGACGUUCAUUUUUUUAAUCGGAACUGGGAGUUCGUUACCCGAAAGCGAAAGUGCGCUCGUACUCUGAAGGUCAUCACGCGGAUUUCGGUUGAUGCAUUGGAGAAGGGCCUCAGUUGGUCCUAUCCCAGUGUAGCACAAAUUAUGUCCUGGGCCGCUGACCGGAGGACGACGAGAGAAGAGGACCGUGCAUAUUCGUUAUUGGGACUGUUUGGCGUAUAUAUGCCAUUGUUGUAUGGGGAGGGGAAGAACGCGUUCCUCCGUCUGCAGUUGGAAGUCAUACGAAUGACCAAUGACCAAAGCAUAUUUGCCUGGGGAUGGACAAGGAACGCGGGGAUGGCCCACAGCUUCCUGGCAAAUGACCCCAGCCACUUCCGCGAUUGCUCAAGCGUAAUCCGGAUGUCCCCUAGCGACUUCAUGGUUGCCCUCGAAAAGUCUUCUUCAAGGAAAUUACGAGAAUUGGCAUCUGCGGAAGAGAGAUUCCAAACAUUCACUGUCACUAAUCACGGCAUUGAAAUAUGGCUCCCUCUGAAACAUGAAUCCUGCUCUGGAGAUUCAGAGUUCUUCUCUGCGAUCCUGGCAUGCUGCGACGCCCGGGCCCAGUCGGGCCCUGUAACCAUCAUUAUUGAGCAAUUCCGUUCCAACCGCUCUAGAUAUUUUGGUCGGCCUUCGGUGGCUGAGACUCAAAUGAUACCAAUUGAAUUCAAGCCAAUCCUUCUCCCUUACCGAGACAAUAUCAACCUUAACAUCAGGGGUCCGUCAUCCAAACAGAGCAGGUUCCGGGUUUUGGUCGAAGAUAUCAUACCCAGCGAUAGCGUCGUCCUGUAUGUACAAUCAGCGGAUCCCUCUCGUGACAUAUUCAUCCCUUUCAUUGACAGCGUCCUGGGUAACACGGGUUCCGGAAGGAGCAACGUAGUUCAUCAAUAAACUUACUGGGAUACCACCGGAACCGGGUGCAAACUCGCAAGCGACCUGCACGAAAAUUGCCGGCGCCUUCGCAAGCGUCCAUAACGGAAAACGCUUCGUUUUCAUAGAUACACCUUCAUUGGAUGAGUUCGAUUUUAAAGCGAUAGAACAACUAUUGAUAUUACUAUACAAGAGAUCUAUCAGGCUUACAGGUGUCUUCUACACCGUCUGCGCGGCUGACGAAUUGGUGCGGGAAGACAUAAGCAA